AGCCUCUAAUGCGAGGCAUGGCUGUACACCUCAGCAUUAAAACAUGAUACUUCUCCCUAUUCACAUCCAAUGUCUGAGCUGCUGCACUAUCAUCAUGCGGCACUUACCAUCUAUAUACAGCAUACUUUCUUUUCUUUCUCUUCCCGAAUCUCCCUGGAAACCUGGUUUCAACAAUAACCUUUACGACUCCCCAACCUAUAGUCCAACUGACAGUGAAUGUACAGGGAAGAGCCGCAAUAGGAUCAAUUGUCCUGGAAACCUACCUUUACUGUUUUCCUCUCCACAUCUCUCAAAAACAAGUAUAAAUUACUCCAACAUGCAACUCCUUCUUGAAUCAUCCUUGUCGCUGGUCAUCGAGACUAUACUAGAAAUCGAAUCAACGACCUUCGCAUUCACCUAUCUUCGCCGAAUCUAGCUUGAAUCUUCUACUCUCGUGAACAGUCCAUAUAAUCGAUAUGACUACUCCUAGUACUAUGUACACCCCCGAUCCCAUGGACAUCGACGAGUCCGAGGAGAGCGCGUCGUCCACAACCUCAAGCGACCCCAUGGACGUGGCACCACCGACGAACACCACCCAAAGCCUUGCCGCCUCGGAGAUCGGCCUACAGCCGUCUCUACGACCUAGCGGGCCGGAGACCGGUUUGCAUCCACACCUUAGGGCGCAACGGUACAAAGAACUAUAUCCAGAGGGGACACCCCGGUGGACCAAGGAAGCCAUCCAGGAGGCACAGGCUAGAGUGGAGAAGUGUAAGCCGGGGGAUAUCGUGUACAUUUCUGCUUUGGAUGGCGCGGAUGUGGGGUUUGAAGUGAUGACGGAAAGGAUUGAGCGCAAUAAACAGGGUGUAGCUAUGGUUGGUGUAAAACAUUUCCUCGAACUCUUCCCCGCCCCAACAGACUACAUCACCCCCAGCCCCGAAACACGCCAUCCCUCCUACCUAUACUCGAACCUCGCCCUAGGCCACAAAUUCCGCCGUCUAGACGGGGAAGACGAAGACGAUGAAGAAGACGACUACGACGACUACGACCCCACCAAGAAAGAAAUAGCAUCCGCGCACGAAAGCUUCAACACCAUUUUCCACACCUGGACAGACAGUACCCUCUACAAGGACAUGCUCGCGGCUCUGCGCAAUCUACCGACCAUCAAACGUCCCGUCAGCAAGAUCAUCGCCUUCGGCUGCAAUAGCAUAACCAACCUCAGACUUGACAAGUUCACCAGGGAGCGAAGUGCCUACCAGCACGCAUUCCUGCUUAUGCUGCGACGAAUUCUGCAGGAAAUGGCAUGGACAGCGACAGAAAUCGAAAUCCUGCUGCAGGAUUCGGCAUACACGAAGCUCGAUAAGAAGAUACUGAGCGAUUGCGGAAUGACUGUGCUGGAGAGUCCGAAGGCGUUUCUGUUGGUCGAUGAUGAGAGUUUUAUCUUCUCGUAUACGCCGGAUGUUCCUGUUCGGCAGGUUGUGAUGGAUUUGGCGUUGCCCGUGGGGAUGGUUUGGGAUGCGGUGGUCGCGGAGGGGAUGUCGCUGGAUACGAGAGAUCCAUGGGACAUUACCAUCCACCGAAAAAUCAACCAGAACUACAAUACGUUCCAUCUCCCUAAGGAUAAGCAUUUCAACAUGUUGAAAGUUUAUCUGCGGUGUGCUGAUGGCGAGCUCUCGGAUACGGAAUGCGAGCGGAGGGAAGAGAAGAUGCUGGAUACUAUGGACUUUGUCCAGAGGAAUAAACUUCUCGUUAGUUGGGGGAAGGAUAAUGUGCAGGAUGUGUGUUCUGUUUAUCGCCGGAUGAGAGGGUCUCAGGGGAGUGAUGCAAGUAGUAGGCUCUAAUGCUGUCGCUCGCUCUGUGAGACGGUCGGCGGGAUAGAGCAAUCUGUCUGUCGGGGGGUGUGGUGAGAACGACAGGUUGGAGAAGUGAUGGAACUUAUCAGAUUUG